AUGUAUGGUCCUCAGAUGCCUCCUGGGUUUAAGAAGCCCUCAUCACUAUCCAGCAAGAGCCAAUCGGACUCUGAAUCUGAUAAUGAUGCAUUUGGACCUGUGCUCCCACCCGAGUUCAAAUCAUCCAGAGCCCAACCACAAACUAGUCCAGCACUACCUUCAAAGAGAGUAAUGGGACCAACAAUGCCACCACCAGGAGCGACUUUGUCCGUCUAUAAAAGGGAUGAUAGCGAUGAUGAUGUUGGACCUCGGCCACUUGACCUGUCUGACAAAGACUUGGAAGAGCAUGAACGAACCGAGCGAUUGAAAGAAAUCGAGGCAAGACUUGGACAUGGUUCAGCAACCACAUCUAAUCAAGACGAUCCAGCGGAUAUGCCGACUUGCAAAAGUAGCAGUGUUAAGCGAGAAGAUUGGAUGACGCUUCCACCUGAAGCGAUGCGUUUAAAAGGAGGACCGCAAAUGACUUCGCGGCAGUUCAGCUCAACUGUAAAAGAGAAAACAGUGGAUCAGACUCUGUGGAUCGAAUCUCCCAAAGACAGAGAAAAACGAAUCAUUAGUGGAAAGGUAGUAACAGAUGAAUAUCAAAUAUAUUUGUGCUCAAACCUUUUACUAACGCUGUAUUCACGUAAAAUGGCACUUUCUGCAUUGAUUCUUGAUCAUAAGGACAAGAAACGCAAGCAGGAUGAUCAGGAUGACAAGCCCCAUAUCAUGUCUCGAGAAGAAAAAGAAACUGCCGAUUUCAUUACUCAACACAACGCAAUGCAUCGCCCCAAAACACUAAUGCAAGAUUUCACAAUAGAUUAUGUCAAGUCAGGCAAAUUUGAAGAGGAUGAUGCUUCCAAACGGUCUUUUGACCGUGAUAAGGAUAUUGCAUCGCGCAGAAUAGAUGCCAAGGGUCGUAAAAGGCUACUCGAUGAUGCUCAAAAACUAGACUCAAAGUUUGCAUCUGGCAAAAAAACGUAUCUAUGA